UCCUACAUAUAUAAAAUUAGUUGAGAACUACCUCCACUCCCUGAAAAUCCAGUCCAACGGUAUGUCGACAUACCUUGUUCCCGAUCAAAAUACAUGCCACCAACCCACCUCUAUUACUGGCGAAAACCAAAUCCCUACAGAAGAAGAACAAGCCUACAAGAAGCUCGAUGAAAAGCUCAAAGGCCUUCUUGCAACUCUCCCCAAAGACAAAGGCUGGAGAAGCGCAAACAUCUAUCUACACGAAGGUUUCUGGUUGAGUCCCCAAGUUAUCAAAGGCUUAUUAAUGAUCAACAACUACUUCCAUGCCCAAUCCACCGACAUCUUCCUUGCAGCUUUCAUGAAGUGUGGAACCACCUGGCUAAAGGCUCUCAUGUUCGCCACCGCCAACCGCCACCGUUACAGUUUUUCUGAUCAUCCCCUUCGUCGCAACGGGCCCCAGAGUGCUUUCCCUUUCCUUGACACACACAUUUUUCUUGAUUAUCCGAUAACUAAGUUUGAGCAUCUCCCUUCUCCUCGAAUGUUCGCCACACACUUUGCUCAUAGCUUGUUACCGACCUCAAUGUCAUCACCCUCCUCGACAUGCAAGUUUGUAUACGUGUGUAGGGAUCCAAAAGAUGCACUCAUUUCCAAGUGGCACUUCAUGAGCAAACUUAGAUCGAAAGAACUACCACCCCUUUCGUUCAAUGAAGCUUACGAGCUUUUCUGCAAUGGUGUCUCUGAGUACGGACCAUUUUGGGACCAUGUGUUGGGAUACUGGAAAGCUAGCCAGGAAUCACCUGAGAAGAUCUUGUUCUUGAAGUAUGAGGACAUGAAGAAAGAACCGUCGGUGGAGCUGAAGAAGUUGGCGGCGUUCAUGGGAAUGCCUUUUUCGGCGGAGGAGGAGAAGGGAGGGGUGGUGGGAGAGAUUGUGAAGCUUUGUAGCUUUGAGAAUUUGAGUAAUCUUGAGGUGAAUAAUGAAGGCGGCGGUGCUCAGAAGUUUACGGCGCAGGUGGUGGUGGAGAAUCGGGAUUUUUUCAGAAAAGGAAAGGUGGGAGAUUGGAAAAAUUAUUUGACAGAGGAGAUGAGAGAGCGGAUUGAUUCGAUCACUGAAACCAUGUUUAAGAAUUCGGGGUUAACACUGGGUCUUACAAAAGAAGCUUGAUCAUAUUGUAAAAGUUUGUCUUUACUUAUGGAUAAACUAUCAAUUUAAUCGUAAUGUAAAAGUUUGUCUUUAUUGAUGGAUAAACUAUCAAUUUAAUCAAAUAACCUAUUGCAUAAGUUUAUAAUUAUUUAAGUUUUAA